AGAAAUUCUUUGAUUUUUCCACAACUGUACGCAAUAGUUGCAAUUGGUGUACAAAAAAUACACUUGUAUUGUCUAAAUAACUGACUUUCUUUUAUUUUUUUGGCUGUUAUUAAUGUUUUAUCGCCAUUAAUUCUGGAUUCGAUCUAAAAUGCCAUAGAUAUACAGGACAGCGUCCCUCGUAUUUCAUUUUUAUUAUCCCAUAGGUCAUUGUUAUCUGAAAACAUCGCCAACACCUCACGCUCCUUGGCACUUUCCUAAAACCAUGGCUAACUAUACUUAAAUACCUUCUAACUAAUGUAACUUAUUUUACCCGACGAGAUCUGAUCAGUAUUUUGUGAUACCGAAAUCCUAUAAGUUGGCUUUGUGUACCAAUUACACAAUUUUUCAAAGAUUGCACAUUCCUCGCAGUAGUACGUAACACCGUGAUACCCCAGUAACGUUAAUCGUCCGUAUCACAACAGGUAAUUGGAAUACCGGUCAAUCAUAGUUUCAUUAGUCGAUGUAAGGUCGCAGUCGACAAGCUUGAUUUCACGGCAAGUACCAUGGGGACCAGAUUUAAUUGUGUUUUAUUAUGUUUAAUCAGUUUCGUGAAUGGGAAGUUGGAACCGAUCGUGGUAGGGGGGAGUUUCGCCCAUAUAUCCCACUUCCCACAUUCCGUAUUCAUGAGUGUACACUGUUUGGAAGAGAACGACAUCGAGCUGUCGUGGAUCUGCGGAGGUUCUAUCCUGAACCAGGUGAUCACGUUGACAGCUGCUCACUGCUUGUAUGGUUGUAACCAAAACAGUACGGUAAGCGUGGGAGUAGGCCACGUUCAUAAGGAUUAUGGAGACCACACCACGGUACACAGCUACUUCAUCCAUGAGGACUAUGACGUCACUUUGGCCAUUAACGAUAUAGCUCUGGUCCGACUUAACACUAAAUUGAAAUUCAGCGAGAAUGUGAAGCGAAUCAUAUUGAUGAAGCAUCCCCCGUACCAUGAGAAGGCGCAGAUCGCUGGAUGGGGUAUUACCAAUGUGAGUUCUUUCUUAAUUUGACUUUACCACUUUCGGGAAAGUUUUGACUUUUUUGUAUGACCAAGAAUACUAAAACUUAGCAUUAAAACUCUUUUGAAUAAAGACAGACACAGAGAGACUUUGAUUUUAUGUUUUUUCUUAUUAGGCAGAGACGUUGUCAAAUUCGGAUUUACUGAAGUUCGUAGACCAGUUUGUGUGGAAUAGCGCCGAGUGUCAAAAAAUAACGAAAAACCUUCCUAGAGGAACAAUUUGCGCAAGCAGUAGACGAGAUGAGGAUUAUUCAACCAGGUAGGAUGUAUGCUAUGUACAAUUAUGCAAAGAUUGAAGGAGUUUUGCUUUAACAUCAAUAUUCAUAAGUAAGCGAAGUACUAGUAUUCAGCUUAAUUGAAUGAUAUUUUUUAAGUUAUUGUUGUUUAUAAUUUUUUAAUCUUG